AGGGAAUAUCUUACUUUAGUUGAACAAUGUAUGAACUUUGCAUGUGAAAUGAUGGAUCUCUGUCGGGGCACUCAAGAAGUUGAGGCUGUUAUCUCCGACUUCUUGGAAGACGGUGCCAACGUUCGAGAUCCCUUGGGUCGGCUUCGACUUGCAAUUAGGUUUGAGGAGAAAAAAGUAAGCGAUUUAACUGCAGUAAUUUUACACUUAAAACAGCGUAUGCACUAUGCCGUGCAAGUAAAGACACUUUAA